AAUGCAGAGUGGGUAGCGGCCCGGUCGGCAGCAAGAAUCCARGAUGGCGCAGAAGUUAGCUUCUUUGGGGCAAAAAAUCGUUACUAGAGCACCUGUAWUAGCCACUAAAUAUGGAUUCCAAGCCCUGGCUUCUGCCAAGAAGGCCCAGCCAACACUAGAGAAGUUCUGGAGUAAUGCUAGGGUAGAGAUGCGACCACCUAGUCCAUCAGAUUGGCCAGUAAUCAAGAAGGCAUUCCUCAACCUUAAAGAUGCUACCAUUUCAGGAAGAUUCCUCAAUGUUACUGUCAAAGAAGGUGUGGCCAACACUCUUGUUGCCRUGGAAAUUGCUAUGUGGUUUUAUGUUGGAGAAAUCAUUGGCAGACGAAGUAUUAUUGGAUACAAUGUUUAAUCUCUUCUGAUAUUUAGUCUUGUGUGUUUGAUCCAUUAGGAUUGCCUUCUUGUGUACCAUGACUUGUAAGACUGUCAAUUACGUUUCAAAUAAAUGGUCUGAUUUUUACUUCUA